UGGCAACAUACACUGAGAGGUAACCUGUUCGGCGUUGUAAUUUUUAGGCCAAAGAGAUAAACGCAUGCAAACACGCUGUAUGAAAGCUUAUAUAGAAGAAAUACCAUUCACAGUUGCGGCCGCGGAUAUUGGUGGUUUUUCGUUGAGUUUAUCUCUCUCGAGCGUUGAAGAAAGCAGCUGGCUCUCUCCUCAUAUCUCCUUAUAAAUAUUUAACGCAGAACAAAACACUUCAGUCUUUGUACAUGCUGGACGAAAAACACACAGUAUUUGAAGAAGCGGAAUCACGCUUUACGAACUCUCGUCUUCGAAACUUGUGGUGGCAUGUUUAAAUGAAACUGUUAACUGAUGUAUGAGUUGAGUUCGUAGGCCAUGGGGGUCUUCUUCUUGAAUUGGCUCCAUGCGUUGCAAGGCCCAACAAGAAACCUCUUACUACGUACAACAUUGUUUGUUGUGUAUUUGCUAGCGGGGUCUGCAGUGUUCCAAGCUUUGGAAUCAAAGCAAGUAGUUAAAGAAAGACAAAGGUUUGAAGAUGUCAAGUAUUACAUGAAAACUUCGUACGGAAUAAACGAAUCUGAGUUAAAUCGAUUCAUUUUCGAGGUCAAAGAAGCUUUGGAGGAAGGCUUUUAUGAUGUUGACUACGAACGGUGGGGGUUCAUGGGCUCACUCUUUUUUACUGCAACGGUAAUCACAACAAUCGGAUACGGUCAUAUGACGCCCAAAACUGUUGGUGGACAACUAUUCUGUAUAUUCUACGCAUUUUUUGGAAUACCAUUGACAGGGCUGAUGCUCAAGUCAAUAGGCGAGCGACUUAUGGACGGUAUAGACUCGAUUUUUCGUGCCUUUGACAAGCGUUUUCUACACAGAGAUGUCCACUCAACGAACGUUCGUACAAGCAUUCUGCUCUUUACCAUUAUGAUUAUUAUGAUUAUUGUUCUUGCUGCUCUAGCAGUCUGCUACGAAGGCUGGUCCUUUUUCGAGGGUAUCUAUUUUGCAUUCAUUACGCUAUCGACCAUUGGUUUCGGCGAUCUCGUACCAUCGCAUCCCUCUGAAAAGUUCGGCCACGACGAGUCACAGCAUUAUCAUGUUGCCCUGUUUGUCUUGGUCACAUUCAUAUACAUAACUGUUGGUCUAUCUGUCGUAUCGAGUGUUCUAUUGUCGGUUACCCGAAUCUUUGAGAACAAGACGGCCUGGGAUUUCGUUUCUCUUGAAAAUGAUAGCGAUGAUGAUGAACUUAUGGUCAAGAAGGAUUUCGACACAAAUCUAAACAGGUAUGGUGGAACGAGUAAUUAAAAACGUUACGUGAAUAACAAAAGGGACUAGAUUUACAGAGGGACAUGUUUAGGUAGUAAUAAAAUGUAAUAUUUAAUAGUUGAAAUCAAAUUUAUGAAUUUUUAGUUUGUAAUGUGUAUAGGAUUUGCUUUAUAUUGAUUCUACAAGUUUAGGAAGCAAGUGAAUGGCAGUAUCAAUUAAAAAUUAGGUAGUUCUCGCUAGAUAGAUUCGCAUGUUCUGUUCUAAUUCUCAGAAGACCUGAGACACAAAUGAUGUAAAACGGCUGAAUAGUUAUUUUUAAAACCGGAUCCGUGCCCUAUCAAUCCUCAUAGAGAACCACAACAUUGCCAACAAUUUUGUCGCUUUUAAGAAAAAAAUAGCAAAUGUCCGAGAGAGGAAAUCUGUUUUUUGAAAAUAGCAGAAGACAAAAAGCCAACAUGCUACACAUCUUUUCGUCGCUUGCACAAGAAAUAUCAUGUUUGCUUUCCCGAAGGAAUCUAAUUUCUGCUCGUAAGAAAACCAAAAUUGCAAUUUUCCAGUGAAAAAAAUUUAUUUGGAUACACAAGGCUCUAGUGAAGUGUACCAGUCAAUCGACCUGAAGUGCUUUAACAAGCCACUACUAAAGGGCCUGUUUACAUUGAAGCGACUUUCCCAGCUAACCGAGUUUCCCGGCUAACCGAGUUUCCCGGCUAACCGAGUUUCCCGGCUAACCGAGUUCCCGGCUAACCGAGUUUCCCGGCUAACCGAGUUUCCCGGCUAAUCGACUUUCCCGGCUAGCCAAGUUUCCCCGAGUUUUCCGGCAUGUGUAGAAAAUCAAUAGUAUUUUAUUUCACCGUUUACAUGAACAGCCGGGAAAAUCGGCCAGGCGGGAUCCCGCAAAAAGAGGCGAGAUCUCGCUCAGCCGGGUUUCCCGGUCAACUCAUGUAAACGGAAAUUGCCGAGUUUCCCGCCUGAACGGGGUAAAAUUGGACCCGCCGGGUGCUCAGAGAAGGUGAAAAUUGUUAACACCAUCUGUGCGAGGCUGUAGGUGCCGAAAAAUAGCUCUCAGUGCACUUUUGAGAAUCAUCUAAACAGCUCUUGCGUAUAACCAUUGCGAUGAGUAUAAUCUCAAUUACUGAUGACAAAAAAUUCGUCAGACAUAAUUGUCAAAACAUGUUUACAGGAGAAGUACACUGAUUCAAUGUGUAAAUAGUUUUACCAAGUAGGCGAAUUUUUCAAUUGCAUCAUUACACAGUUCAUUGCAAUAUCAACGCAUUCCAACGCCUUAAAACGCAUAUUUCCAAAUAUAAUUUUUUUUAUCUCGAAACAAAGUUUAUGAGAUUUUCUUUCGCGCCAAACAAAGCAUCUGCGUAAUAUCGCUAUUUGUACUGAGCAAACUUUAAUUGAAAUUGGCUUCUUUUCCAAUCAUGUGCUGCAAUUUUCGGCAAAUUUUGUUAAUAAAUCUAUUGAGACAAUCAGAUUUGUAGAUCAAGAGAAAAUCAUUUCUGGAUUACAGUAGUUAGGUCGGCAAAGUAAUUCAAAGAAGUUUUUAUCAACGGUCAGGUUAAGGUCUAUCAAAAAUGUCCUUUUGCGCGAUUUAAAAUAAAAAACAAGUACCUGAAAUUUUGUCUGGUCUUCGCGGCCUUGCAAUAUUCGCCUUCUUCUCAAGAGAGCUUGAACACUAAAAGUUAAAAUAAUU